UUCCGCUGUUGCCGCGGAGUGAUACAGGCCGGCUUGACUCUCGCUUUUCGGCGGAGGAGGAGGAGAGCGGUGCUCCGGCGGAGGAGGAGGAGAGCGGUGCUCCGGCGGAGGAGAGGACCAGGCAGGGAGCGAGCGAGGCGAGGAACCCCGGCCAUCCCCCUCCCCCGCCCCCGGAGAGAGCGAGAGUCGGACCCGCUGGACUCCCCACCAUCCCCCCGAGAGAAAGAGAGGGAACCGGGUUGCCACGGGAGAGGCCUCGGUGCAGGGCUGCAGCAUGUUCGCGUCGGUGAAGGCCUUCGAGGGGCAGCAGUACUCCACCCUGAAGAGGCAGUGCCUGCAGAGCGGCCUGCUCUUCGAGGACCCCCGCUUUCCCGUUGCCGACAACUCGCUCUUCUACCAGGGCAACAGGAUCGGACGCGUGGUGUGGAAGAGGCCGCGGGAGCUGUGCGAGGACCCUCACCUGUUCGUGGACGGCAUCAGCGCACACGACCUCCACCAGGGCCAGCUAGGGAAUUGCUGGUUCGUGGCAGCCUGCUCCAGUCUGGCCUCCAGAGAGUCGCUAUGGCAAAAAGUGAUUCCCGAUUGGAAGGAGCAGGAGUGGGACACGGAGAAGCCCGACUCGUACGGCGGCAUCUUCCACUUCCGCUUCUGGCGCUUCGGCGAGUGGGUGGAUGUGGUGAUUGACGACCGGCUGCCCACCGUGGACAACCAAUUGGUCUACUGCCACUCUGAUGACAGCAACGAGUUCUGGAGCGCCCUGGUGGAGAAGGCCUACGCCAAGGUGUAUGGCUGCUACGAGGCUCUGGACGGUGGCAACACGGCGGACGCCCUGGUGGACUUCACGGGUGGGGUCUCAGAGCCCGUGGACCUGCUGGAGUGUCAGAUGGCCACGGACGAAGCAGCCCGCAACCAGUUGUUUGAACGAGUCCUCAAAGUGCACAACCGAGACGGCCUCAUCAGCUGCUCCAUUAGGGCAACCACCGUGGAAGACAUGGAGGCGCGGCUGGACUGCGGCCUGGUGAAAGGCCACGCUUACGCCGUGACAGAUGUCCGAAAAGUACGCUUGGGUCACGGGCUGCUGGCGUAUUUCAAGUCGGAGAAGCUACACAUGAUUCGCAUGAGAAACCCGUGGGGGGAGAAGGAGUGGAGCGGCCCGUGGAGCGACAGUUCAGAGGAGUGGAACAAGGUGAGCAAGAGCGAGAGGGAGAAGCUAGGUGUCACCGUGCAGGACGACGGCGAGUUCUGGAUGACAUUCGACGACUUUUGCCAGUACUUCACCGACCUGAUCCUUUGCCGCCUCAUCAACACGUCAUACCUCAGCAUCCACAAGACGUGGGAGGAGGAGGUGAUGCGGGGCUCCUGGCGCCACCGCCAGGACCCCCUGCGUAACCGCUCCGGCGGCUGCAUCAAUCACAAGGCCACCUUCCUCCAGAACCCUCAGUACGUCUUUGAUGUGAAGAAGGUGGAGGAUGAAGUACUGAUCUGCUUGCAGCAGAAGGAGAAGAGAGCCACACCCAAAGAAGGGAAAGGGGAGAACCUCGCCAUAGGCUUCGAUAUCCACCAGGUGGAGCUGAACCGCAAGUACCGCAUGCACUCGGCCCAGCAGAAGGUGGCGGGCUCCAUCUACAUCAACUCGCGCUGCGUCUUCCUCAGGAAGGAGCUGAAGGAGGGCCGCUACGUCAUCAUCCCCACCACCUUCGACCCGGGCCAGCAGGGAGACUUUCUGCUCCGCGUCUUCACCGACGUGCCUUCGGACUGCAAAUUCCGGGUUGAUCGCUUCAGAGAGCUGACCCUGGACGAGCCUCCUCAGACGUGCUGGACGGGCAUGUGUGGCUACCCUCAGCUGGUCACCCAGGUCCACGUUCUCAACGCUGAGGGUCUGCAGGGACAAGAUUUCAAUGGAGCGGUGGACCCGUACGUCAUCAUCACCUGCGAAGGCGAGAGGGUGCGCUCGCAGGUUCACAAGGACACCCGCUGCCCCAACUUUGACAUCAAGGGUCUGUUUUACCGCAAGAAGCCCAAAGAGGGAGUCCACAUCGAGAUCUACAACAAGAACAUGAUCAUGGACACGUUCCUGGGUCAGGUGGUGAUGUUCAGCGACCCCAACGAGCGUCAGGAGCAGCACACGCUGCACCUCCGCGACAAGGGCAGUCGCCAGGACAGCGACCUGCCCGGCACGCUCACCGUGCGCCUCAUCACCUCCACCACGCUCACCAACAUUUAACCGAGCCUUUGCAUGCUCUCCCCCCCCCCCCCCCCCCCCCGCUUUCUCACACCAUCUUUUUUUCCUUCUCCAUUUCUCUUGACAUUUUUUCCUUCCGGCGUUUCUCACCUUUUUUGUACUCUCACAAUUGUUUUUAGUUUUAGUUUACAUUUUAGUUUUUCUUACCCGUCUAGUUUGUUCCCCCCAUUUCUAACACAAAUGUCUUCUUUACCCCGUUUUUCCCCCAUCACAUUUUUCUUUCCUCAUUCCUUUCAGCAAUUUUUUAAAAAUUUUCUCUUCACCCCUUUUUCUCACCAAUUUCUUCAACCUUACAUUACAAAGGCCUUUCUUCACUUCAAUCAUUUGUCUUCGCCCUCGCCGCUUCUGUUGCGCCGUACGUUUUGCAGCUGAAAAAAAAAAAAAAAAGAAAGCCAACUUGGGGGGCGCUUUAUCCCUCCUUUUCCGUUAUUUUUCUUUUUCAUUCUUAUUGUGUGAACUUCAACCCACGUGAGAUGCACAUCUGCAGACAUUUCUGCACUCGCAUGCACGUGCCAACGUUACCAAGGGCUUCGGCAUUGCCUUAAGGCUGCGUUUGUCUGUCUUUCACAUGGAUGGGGGGGGGGGGGGGGCAAGGGUGGUGUUCACGUGGCCGCUGUGUCUGUUUAGAUCAGGGUUUCCCAAACCUUGGCACCCCCCCUCCUCCACAAUCUGCCCCCGCCCUUUUUUUUUUUUUUUUUGAGAGCGUUAGCUUCUCUAAUUUUUCACCGUUGAGAAGACGAAAUAAAACCUCUUUUGGAUGGUUCUUCCGACACCCCAUGUGGGGGGGAACUUUGGACUCCUCGACUGGUUUUGGGCUCCCCUCCCUUCUGUUUGGGGAACUCCUUGGUUUCUAUCCACAAAGCUUCUUGUGUUCCUUCUUCAACCUGUAUAUGCUGACGACGCAUUUUGUAUACGUGGUUCCUGUCCAGUCCAGUCUUUGGCGAGCAUGCGUCCCUUCCCUCCACAAUAUGGACGCAAACAAACUGCUGCAAUGGUGAAACCUCGCUUCACCCCCCCCCCCCCCCCCGUCUUCCUUCACUUUUAAACCCAAGACGCUUCUCCCGCCGAACGCUAUGGACGACGUUUGAACCGCAUGGCCUGCAAAGACUCCCCCCCCCACACCCCCCACACACGUGCUGCACAUCUCUAUGGUCGUAGCUUAGCAGACGGCGUCAAUCCUCAAAGUUGUCACCCGCCUCCAAACAAGUGCUUUACGGGACCAAAGAGUAGGCAGUCAGCCCCCGCUCCUAUGUAACCCCUUUCCAACUGGCACCUGGGCCCGAACCUUGCGACGAACCGCCCCCCCCUGUGCCACAUCAUCUUAAUGGCAACAACACUGCCUGACACCGUGUGUGUGUGUGUGUGUGCGUAUGUGCGGGUGGGUGGGUGUGCGUGUGUGCGCGCGCGCUUCUCAAUCUUGUGUAUUUGGGUGAAUGUAUAUCUGUUUAUAUAAGGAAACGUGUGAAACAGUCAAGUACCUUUUAUUGCGAGUACACACCUUGCAUUUUUGUUGUUUUUUCGCUGAGGAGAAAAUCUGCUAAAAAAACAGUGCCAUGAUGGUUUGCCUCCUUCAGAAAAAAAAAAUGCAACUUUGGACUCCUUUUCAUCAAUUAGGCAUUUGCCGAGUUGCUGAUAUGUGAUGAGUUCUACUUCUUUCUCGGGAUGGGCACUAAAUUUAGCAAUCGAUUAAUCUACUGUAAAUGAUUUCGAGCGGAUCUGAGGAAUCUCUAUGCCCUAAAUUUCUGUAAUGGUCGUCUUACUGUGAAAAAAAAAAAAUCUACAUAAUUCCAUAACUGGCCCUUUUCUGUUUACAGUAAGUCCGGUUUUGCAAAAUUAGUUUGAAAGAGGGUCGGCCCGGUAGUCCAGUGGUUAGCACGUCGACUUCACAGUGCAGAGGUACCGGGUUCGAUUCCAGUUCCGGCCUCCCUGUGUGGAGUUUGCAUGUUCUCCCCGGGCCUGCGUGGGUUUUCUCCGGGUGCUCCGGUUUCCUCCCACAUUCCAAAAACAUGCGUGGCAGGCUGAUUGAACACUCUAAAUUGUCCCUAGGUGUGAGUGUGAGUGCGAAUGGUUGUUCGUCUCUGUGUGCCCUGCGAUUGGCUGGCAACCGAUUCAGGGUGUCCCCCGCCUACUGCCCGAAGACGGCUGGGAUAGGCUCCAGCACCCCCCGUGACCCUAGUGAGGAUUAAGAGGUUAGGAAGAUGAAUGAGUUUGAAAGAGGUCAAAUGUUUAGUCUCCUCAAGAUAAUUAACAAAAGCCUCACAAUGGACAGACAUCUCAACAACCAAUCAAUCGAUUGCGUCUCUUAUGCCUAAUUCUCUACAAAUACAAAAUUAACGUGUUUAUUUUAUGUUGAAUGUAAGACAAACAUGUCCAUUUCGCUCCUUCCCAAUUUUGACUUUUGUUUUUGCUCGCGCGCCAUUACUUGAACUGUUAUACACAUACGUGGCGUUUACUGGAUGUGAGCGCAUUCACACACACACUUUUGCUGUACAGCAUCUUUAAAAACGCAUGACUCAUUUUUUCAACUAUGUCCACAGCCUUGUACUGUGCCAUCUAAACUGUAUUAUGCUUUGUUUUGUUUUCGUCUUGUUAGUUUUCUACUUUGGCAACGCUAGUUGUCGAGCAUCCAGCAUGGCCGCCUUCGCCGGCACAUGAUCAUAUCAGUGGGCUGGAUUGUUGUGGUGUGGCUAAUGAUGCCGGUUAGGUGCUAAUCAUGGCUGUUGUGUUAAAAAGAAAAAAAAAAUGGACGGAAAAUGAGGGUUGUGGUUGUGGUGGCCAACAUUCUGAGACUGAAGUGUCCUUGAGGUGGGAGGCGCGGGGAUUAUUGGUGCCAAAAACAAAACAAAACAAUUGGUUAUGAGAGUUAGCUUAGCUUUAGCUAAAUAAUUGCCAGACAACCAAUAUUAUGAAAAACUCUGACCUCGAUUGAUUUCGUAGUUUACAUUACGGCAUGGCAAAGCAACUAUGGCAGACUCAACUGCAGAUGGGGUGAGGCUUUUAUUUUUGGAAUAAUUUUAAAGGAUGUUACUGCUGUCGUAGAAGACAUCAAACUGGAAUUUUAAAAGGAAAUCGGAGCCACACAACAUUGUGGAGCUAUCGCCUUUCAAACCGCUGAAAGCUAGGUUGUCGUUAACGUGCCAUCUUAUUGUUCGUUCUUUGAUUUUUACGGAUCACCUUCCUGAAACUGAUGCAUGAGCAUUUUGAAAUGUUAUUCUUGUGUGGAAUUCAUGCAUAUUUUACAUUUAUUUGUAGAGGGUGUUUUUUGUAUGUCCUUUUAUUGAUUUGUAUGGAUGCAAUAUGCCAAUUUUACAGCUAAUGCAAAGGCGUUGGUGAGCACGACGAAAAAAAUCAUAAUCUUAUGAUAAUAAAGUUGCAAUUUGUAUAUUUUGUAUCAUAACGAUGGCAAAACAGCUCAGCUCAAAUCAAGUCGCAAUUUUACGAAAUAAAUUAGAGUGUUACGGGGG